AUGAGUGGCUAUCCAGAGACUGAGCCAAGCAGCCGAACGGGCAUCAAGCUGGCUGUGGCUGAGGCGCGAGGAGAAGAGCUGGAGGCAAUCAACCAACACACAGUGACUGAUCACCACUGUGGGCCCACCGCUAUCAGAAUGUUCAUGGAAAGUCUACCGAGAGGGGGGGAGGAUGAAAGACUCACAUGGACGGAUUUUAUGGAAUCGACACGGCCUGCCCAACCGACUACGAAUAGAGAUGGAUCGGUCACUUGUAAUUGCGGAAAGGUGUGCAAGAACCAACGCGGUCUACGCAUUCACCAAGGGAAGUCUGAUUGUCAACGUGUGAGAUCACAAGGACAGCGCAUAGCCAGUUUGGCUAGUGAGACGCAGGAGUACUCCAGUCUGGAUUCAUCCCACAGUACUGAAGAACUCUAUGUUCAGGAGACCUCACAGGAUGUCUUUCGAAAUUCUGAGGAGGAUGAUGACCCCCUUUUAGAGCUCUUACAGACUCAAAACAGCCUUGAAGCAAGCGAGGCGACUGAUCCGGAUAGACCACAGCAAGACACUGCCACUAGAACCAGGAAACCAAGGAUUAAGUGGCCCAAGGCUUCAGACAAGACAUCAUGGACCCAACUGGACGAGGACCUAGAGAAAAUCCUCGAAGCAUCCAUGCAAGGACCAGUAGACCGGAAGCUGACCACCCUCACAACCUUGAUAUAUUCUGUAGGAAAGGAGAGGUUUGGACUAGAAGAGGAGAGAGUGCGGAAGGAACCUCCAAGACCAAACAGGCGGCAAGUUCGUAUCCAGAACUUGAGACGUGAACUCAAGCAGCUGAGACGAAGGUACUGUGCUAGUUCACCAACAGAGAGGAUUGGACUUGCACAGCUUAGAGAUACAGUUCGGACACAGCUGACAUCAGUACGGAAAGCAGAAAACAGCAGAAGAAAGACACGGGAACGGGCAAAGAAUAGGGCAGCUUUCACAGCCAACCCAUACAAGUUCGCAAGAUCCCUCCUCGACAAAGAAAGGUCAGGAAAGUUGGAAACUCCACUAGAGGAAAUAGAGAACUUCCUUCAUGUUACCCAUUCUGACCCCAAUCGAGAGGACGUGCUAGGGGACUGUGACAGAAUAGAUCCAGCGGAGGAACCCGAAAAACAGCUGAAUGCGACGGAACCUACGCUUGGCGAGGUGAAAGAAGCUGUAAAAAAGGCCAGAGCUGCUUCGGCGCCAGGACCCAAUGCCAUCCCGUAUAAAGUGUACAAGAUGUGCCCACUACUUCUCAAGCGUUUAUGGAGGCUCCUCAAAGUAGUCUGGAGGAAGGGGGAUGUACCAGAGGCUUGGAAGGAGGCCGAGGGGAUAUUCACACCGAAGGAACGCAAUUCCAAGACGGUCAACCAGUUCCGAACGAUCUCGCUGCUCAACGUCGAGGGAAAAAUAUUCUUUGCCAUCCUUGCAAGAAGACUCACAUCUUUCCUGACAGGCAACGCAUACAUCAACACCUCGGUCCAGAAGGGAGGAGUUCCCGGUUUCUCCGGCUGCAUAGAGCACACCAGUGCUAUCACACAGCUAAUAAGUGAGGCGAAGAAAGGGAGGAAGGAUCUCACUGUAGUUUGGCUCGACUUGGCCAACGCAUACGGGUCAAUUCCACACCAGCCCAUCUAUACAGCCCUCCGACACUACCAUGUGGACGGCCACAUUCAGAAAAUCAUCACCAGUUACCUGGAUGGAAUCAAGCUCCGGUUUACUGUUGGUGACCAGCUAACCAGAUGGCAGAAGUUGGAGAAGGGAAUCGUUACCGGCUGCACAGUUUCCGUGGUGCUCUUCAUCAUGGGGAUAAACCUGCUGAUAAAUGCUGCCCAACGUGAGACACGUGGACCAAAGACAGAGUCAGGAAUCUAUCUCCCAUCUAGCAGAGGCUUCAUGGAUGACCUCACAUUGACGACAACAACACACGUCCAAGCUAGAUGGAUGGUGACAGCCCUGACGGAUGUCGCUUCAUGGGGAAGAAUGAAGUUCAAAGCAGCAAAAUCCAGAUCUCUUGUCAUAAAGAAAGGACAGACAACAGAGAGGUUCAAACUCUACGUACAGAACGAAGAGAUUCCUUCCAUAGUUACGAGUCCAAUAAAAUGCCUGGGCAAGUGGUUUGAUGCAAGCCUACAAGAUCGCGACAAUGUCAAGAACUUAAAGCAACAGGUAGAGGAGGGUCUCAAGAAGAUAGACCGCUGCGGACUACCCGGCAAGUUCAAAGCCUGGCUUUACCAGCAUGCACUGCUCCCAAGACUAAUCUGGCCGUUGAUGCUUUACGAGGUACCCAGCACAACAGUGGAAGCCCUGGAGAGAAUCACUAGUCGACACCUCAGGAAGUGGCUAGGAGUUCCACCCAGCUUUACCAGUAUUGGACUCUAUGGGAAGAGCAACAAGUUACAGCUCCCGCUAUCUUCACUGGUAGAAGAGUUCAAGACAGCAAAAGCAAGACUUGUGUUGACCUUAAGGGACUCUCCGGACGAGUUCAUCCGUGAGGCAGGGAUCCAAACCCGAACGAGCAGGAAAUGGUCAGCGACAGAGUCUGUGAGCAAGGCAGAGAACACGCUCAAGCACAAAGACAUUAUCGGAGUGACUGCAGUUGGACGUGAAGGAAUUGGUGCGAGAAAGGUGGUACUGUGGAGCCGAUCAGACCAGAAAGAGAUGCGAGCGAUGAUUCAGUCUGAGGUCAGGAGGGCGGAAGAAAAUGCCAGACAAGCAAGGGCUGUGGGGAUGGGAGCGCAGGGAGCAUGGACCACGUGGAAUACCGCAGACAGGAAGUUGACCUGGGGAGACAUCUGGAAGUAUGAGCCUUUUCGGUUUUCCUUUCUCCUCAGAGAGUUGGCUGACUGGCUAGAGAAGGAAAGGAAGAAGGAACAUGGUAAUCACCCCCGCCAUGGGCACAUCGCUUUUGUCAAAUCGGGUGAGACCGUGAAGACACAGAAACCAACAAAAGCAUCAAUUCUUGAUGGCUCUAGAGACUGGAAGAUGGAAGUUGACCUUGAUAGAAGGCUUGUUUUCCCAAACGUGGUUCAGACGACCCUACGACCAGAUAUUGUACUGUGGUCAGAGACAGGAAAGAAGCUCGUAACCAUAGAGCUGACAGUACCAUGGGAGGCAAGAUGUGAAGAGGCCUACGAGCGGAAGAAGGCCAAGUACACAGAACUGAUGGAUCUGUGCAAGCAACAAGGCUGGCGAACUUGGCUAUUUCCCGUGGAAGUUGGCGUUAGAGGAUUCUGUUCCCGGUCCGUGCACAUACUGAUGACAGCAUUAGGAACAACUGGCAGGGAGAGACGAGCCAAGCAGCCGAACGGGCAUCAAGCUGGCUGUGGCUGA